AUGAAUCCUCGGAGGGACAGCUACGCCAGAGUAGCUGCUGCAUCAGCAGGCAGCAAUAGCUCAUUCCAGCAACCCACCCGAUCCGGCGCCUUUGCACAUCUCGCCAACAGCGGCUCAACAUCGCACCCGAACCGCCUCUCUCGCUCCAUCGACGCCGACGGACAUAUGUCUACGAGUUUCGGAAGGGCCGGUGGGCCACUGCCCUCAUACUCCAGCCAGUCUGGCUACUGGCAUGGCUUGGGAGGGUCCACACAGGAUAUACCGCCGUUCUUCGUGCCUUCCUACCUGCGCGGGUCCAAGCACGCCGAGAAGUUGCAAGAGGCGCAUAAGGCGAAGCUGGCAGCCCAGCGGGAAUACAAGUCAACGCACUCGUCGAAUGCAGGCUCGCUGUCUACUAGUUCCAGCAGCGUCAACCUGCACAAGAUGGCGCCGUCACAUCGCGGUCUCACGCAUGAGAUAGUAGAGCGUGCGCCGGUCUUUGUGGAUGAGCCGGUAGCGCCAUGGCCGACACGGUGGAAUGACGCAGACAGGUUUCCUCAGCUUGAGCUAGAGGAUGGUCAGAGGCUGGCCAAAUUCUCGGGCUCACAGAAGACACACGAUGAAGCUGCGUCGGUUCGCGCGGACUUUCCCAUGCCGCGGCAGUGUGGGAUCUACUACUACGAGGUUACUGUUGUUUCUAAGGGGAAAGACGGUAGAAUGAUCGGAGUAGGCUUCUCGGGACCCAAAGUCGCUCUCAGCAGGAUACCGGGUUGGGAGCCCGACUCGUAUGCGUACCAUGGCGACGAUGGCCAGGUCUUUAGUAAUACCACUUCCGGAAAAUCAUAUGGGCCUAAGUUUGGCACACUGGAUGUUAUCGGCUGUGGCAUCAACUUCCGGACAAAUACUGCUUUCUUCACAAAGAAUGGUCAUAUGCAAGGGACGGCUUUCCGAGAUCUGAAACCCAACAUGCCAUACUAUCCUACUGUAGGCAUGAAGAAGCCCGGCGAGAUGGUCCGCGUCAACUUUGGCCAAGAACCCUUCGCUUUCGACAUCGACAAGAUGGUACAAGACGAGAAGGCCGCCAUACAAGCUGAGAUCGCCCGGACCAAAACAGAGGCAGGUGCGUUGGGAGGCGAGGAUGCGUUGAUACAUCAGCUGGUGGGACAAUAUCUAGCGCACGACGGCUAUGUAGAGACUACACGAGCUUUCUCGGAUGAGAUUGUCGAGGAAGCAAGAGCGCUUGCAAACAACGAUGAGACAGACGUUUCAUACCGAGCAGCAGUGGAAGAUCUGGAUGCGCUGAACCGACAAAAAAUACGGACAGCUAUCCUCGAGGGCGACAUUGACAAGGCGCUCAAGCACACCACCGCAUACUACCCCUCAGUGCUCCGCGACAACGAAAACAUCUACUUCAAACUCCGCUGCCGAAAGUUCAUCGAGAUGAUCCGACGAUGCGGAGAGCUAAACGCACAAUGCCAAUCCGCACCAGCACCAUCAUCCAAACGAUCCACCGCUUCAAAUCCCAACAAGCGCAACUCAACCGCAACAGAAGAAUACGAUUUCGAAAUGGAGCUCGACGAGCAACUAGGCGUACACAACCCACCACCUAGCUGGGACAACAAAGACCAAGACGACUACUUGGAAGUCGGAGACGAAGACGACAUGGAAGAUAAAGUAGCAAAGAGCGAACGAGCAACAAGCGAAACUAUAACAUAUGGCAUGGAGCUGAAAUCCGAGUUCGCCAACGACCCAAGACGCGAAGUCAAGCGGGCCCUCGAAGAUACGUUUGCGCUUAUAGCAUAUGCGGAUGCGCGGGAGAGUACGCUGGCGCCUUUACUGGAGAUUUCGGGGAGGGCGCCUGUUGCUGAGGAGCUCAAUAGCGCUAUACUGGUCUCCCUCGGCAAAUCCUCCUCCGCAGCCCUAGAACGCCUAAUCCAACAAACCGAGGCCCUCGUUACCGAACUUGCCGACGACGGCGGGCCUGGCGCUUUCAUCAACGUCCAACGCGAUUUCCUACAGUAG